AAGCCACACACGCGCAUGCACGCAUUUCCAAAGGCAGCGGGAAACUGUCCGUCCCUUGCGGGCGUAGCUGCGUUGCCCAGUCUGUCCUUUGGUCGCUCAGCUUUUUUUUGUUUUUGGCGCGGCAAAAAGAAGGGAGGGCAAGUAUGAAUCGCUUGCUUAGCCGAGACCCCGUGGAUAUUGAGAAUAUUUUAGCUCUCAACCCUCGUAUACCAACUCAUGCAUCUUUGAAUUCAACUGCAGCAAAGAAAGUAGAGAAAAAGCACUGGAAAAGGAAUGCAGAUAAAAAUUGUUCAACCUGUGAGAAACUGGAAAAUAAUUUUGAUGACAUCAAGCACACGACUCUGAGUGAGCGUGGAGCCCUUCGAGAAGCAAUGAGGUGCUUAAAGUGUGCAGAUGCCCCCUGUCAGAAGAGCUGCCCAACUAAUCUAGACAUCAAGUCAUUUAUCACAAGUAUUGCAAACAAGAAUUACUAUGGAGCUGCCAAAAUGAUAUUUUCUGACAAUCCACUUGGACUAUCAUGUGGGAUGGUGUGUCCAACUUCUGAUCUUUGUGUGGGAGGAUGCAAUUUAUAUGCCACUGAAGAUGGACCAAUUAAUAUUGGUGGACUGCAGCAAUUUGCUACAGAAAUAUUCAAAGCAAUCAAUAUUCCUCAAAUUCGAAAUCCCUCCUUGCCGCCAUUGCAAGAUUUGCCUGAAUCCUACCGUACCAAGAUUGCUCUUCUUGGAGCAGGACCUGCAAGUAUAAGUUGUGCCACAUUUUUGGCUCGAAUGGGCUAUUCAGACAUCACCAUUUUUGAAAAAGAAAACUACGUUGGUGGUUUAAGCACAUCUGAAAUUCCCCAGUUCCGGCUACCAUAUGAUGUAGUACAUUUUGAAACUAGGCUUAUGAAGGACCUCGGAGUGAAGAUCAUCUGUGGAACAGGCCUUUCAGUGGAAGGACUGACACUCAGUGCUUUAAAGGAUGAUGGUUUUAAAGCAAUCUUUAUUGGAAUUGGUCUACCAAACCCAAAGAAAGAAUCUGUAUUUCAGGGAUUGGGAAUAGAAGAAGGAUUUUAUACAUCAAAAGAUUUCCUACCACUGGUGUCUAUGGCAAGUAAACCAGGAAUGUGCGGCUGUCGCUCUUCAUUGCCAUCAAUACAGGGAACCGUGAUUGUUCUUGGAGCAGGCGAUACUGCCUUUGAUUGUGCAACAUCAGCUUUGCGCUGCGGAGCUCGACGUGUUUUUGUGGUCUUCAGGAAAGGAUUUACUAAUAUACGGGCUGUCCCGGAAGAGAUGGAGCUUGCAAAGGAAGAAAAGUGUGAAUUUCUACCUUUUCUUUCUCCUCAGAAAGUUGUAAUAAAAGGAGGGAAAAUUGUUGCUAUGGAAUUUCUCCGGAGUGAGCAAGAUGAGGAUGGAAAUUGGAAUGAAGACAAGGAGCAAACUGUCCGUCUGAGAGCAGAUAUAGUGAUUAGUGCCUUCGGUUCAACCUUAAAUGAUGCUAAAGUAAAAGAAGCUCUGUAUCCUCUCAAGUUUAAUCGUUGGGGUCUCCCUGAAGUUGAUGGGGAGACCAUGCAGACAAGUGAACCAGGGAUUUUUGCAGGUGGUGACAUCGGUGGGCUGGCCAAUACUACGGUUGAAUCAGUGAAUGAUGGAAAACAAGCUUCCUGGUUCAUGCACAAAUACAUACAGUCUUUAUAUGGUGCCUCAGUACCUGCUGUACCUCAGUUGCCUCUUUUCUAUACAUCAAUUGACUUGGUAGACAUCAGCAUAAAAAUGGCUGGGCUUAGGUUUUCAAAUCCUUUUGGCCUCGCCAGUGCAACGCCAACUACAAGUUCAUCAAUGAUCCGCAGAGCUUUUGAAGCAGGAUGGUCAUUUGCACUCACCAAAACAUUUUCUUUGGACAAGGACACUGUAACAAAUGUUUCUCCAAGGAUAAUUCGUGGAACUACCACAGGUCCCGUGUAUGGUCCAGGUCAAGGUUCCUUCUUGAAUAUUGAGCUCAUAAGCGAGAAAACUGCAGCCUAUUGGUGCAGGAGUAUUACAGAACUGAAAUCAGACUUCCCUGACAAAAUUGUCAUUGCCAGCAUCAUGUGCAGCUAUAAUAAGAAUGAUUGGACUGAGCUUUCAAAAAUGGCUGAGGCUUCCGGAGCUGAUGCCCUGGAGUUGAAUUUAUCAUGCCCACAUGGCAUGGGAGAAAGAGGCAUGGGACUGGCCUGUGGGCAGGAUCCAGAGCUGGUACGCAACAUCUGUCGUUGGGUGAGACAAGCUGUUCAGAUUCCUUUCUUUGCCAAGCUGACGCCAAAUGUCACAAACAUUGUGAACAUUGCGAGGGCUGCCCAAGAAGGUGGGGCAGAUGGUGUUACAGCCACCAAUACUGUGUCAGGGUUGAUGGGACUGAAGGCGGAUGGCAUUCCUUGGCCUUCUGUAGGGCACAGCAAAAAGACCACCUACGGUGGAGUAUCAGGAAAUGCCAUCAGACCAAUAGCUCUUCGAGCUGUUUCUGCAAUUGCUAAGGCUCUUCCUGGUUUUCCUAUCUUAGCAACCGGAGGCAUUGACUCAGCUGAAAGUGCCUUGCAAUUUCUUCAUAGUGGUGCUUCUGUUUUGCAGAUUUGCAGUGCAGUUCAGAAUCAGGACUACACUGUAAUUGAUGAUUACUGCACAGGGCUGAAGGCUCUGCUUUAUCUGGAAAGCCUUGAGGAACUUCAAGACUGGGAAGGACAGAGCCCACCAACCCCACAGCAUCAGAAAGGAAAACCAGUUCUCCAAAUUCCUGAAUUGGUUGGAAAGAAACUUCCCAGCUUUGGCCCCUACCUUGAGCAACGAAAGAAGAUAAUAGCCGAAAAUAAGCUGAAACUAAAAGGACAGAGCAGCCUCCUUUCCCAGAUUGAGAGGAAGUGUUUUGCCCCAAAGAAGCCCAUCCCGGCAGUGAAGGAUGUAAUUGGAAAAGCACUGCAGUAUAUUGGAACAUACGGAGAGCUCAGUAAUACGGAACAAGUUGUGGCUCUGAUUGAUGGGGAAAUGUGUAUCAACUGUGGCAAAUGCUACAUGACCUGUAAUGAUUCUGGCUACCAGGCUAUACAAUUUGAUCCAGAAACCCACCUGCCCACUGUUGCUGACAGUUGUACAGGCUGCACUCUGUGUCUCAGUAUCUGCCCUAUUAUUGACUGCAUCCGAAUGGUUUCCAGGACAACACCUUAUGAAGCAAAGAGAGGCCUGCCCUUACCAGUGAUCCCCGUGUGCUGAGCAGAUCAGACCAACAGUUAAAGGGAUACUUCUAUUUGCUUGAUUCUAUUGAUUUGCUUUCUAAUUAGUACCAGCGAGCCCAGUACAUUCUAGCAAAGAGAAGGGGGAAAGAAAGAAGGGAAAAGAGAGGGGGGAGGGAGGAAGGAAGGGAGGAAAGAAGGGGAGGAGGAAAGGAAAAGGAAGGAAAAGAAACUAAUACAUUAAUGAGAGGCCAAAUAAAACUGGCUGAAUUUUUCAGUUUAUUUCCCAUUUCUUCCCCUUUCUGAUCUUCAGACACAUAACAGUCAGUUUGCUGGAUAUGAUUUGGCUUUGCCUUUUCUCAAACGCAUAACUUUUUUUUUCUCUGUCUCUUUCAUAAAUCUGUACAUGUUCUGACGAUCUGAGUGAUUUUUCUUCCCUCUAACAAUGGAAUGAAAUUCAAGAAACUUUUCGUAAUCAUGUAAACCCUAACACAUGGACAAACUUUGUUACCAUGGAAACAUUGGGUAAUUACACAUUUCAUUUCCUUUUAAAACUGGUUUUAGAAGAUGUAAUUAACAAUAUAACACACAAACAAAGCAUUGUAUAUCAUGGGGGGGUUGCUUUUACAGAAAGAUAUAAAAAGAGGGUUAAACUGCUAUUUCUGAACAAUUAAUCAGUUUUAAUAGUGGCAGCAUCUGGUGGUCUAUUACUCCAGUUCUCUCUAAAUUCUACUUCUCCCUAAAUGCUACCUCUGACUAGGCAUUAAAAAUCAAAUGUGCAAAUACAGUGCACUUUUGUCAUUUGAUGUUUUCAGUUGGUAGCACAAUUUUUGUUGUUGUUGUUCUGUUAAUAAACUUCCAGUCCCUAUCUAUUAAUUCUAAUCUUUCAAAUGUAAAUAUAGGACACUUUUUGUUGCAUCACUGUGGGGUUGGCAAAAUGAAAUUAUUCUUGAGGCACUAGAAGAGGACCAAAGGCAAUUACUUCAAAAUUUCCAUAAAACAAUUGUUUUCUGCCAUUCAUACACACGGUGCUGGGUAAAAUAAUGUAGUUCUACCAGCGUAGAUGGAUGGGCGAGGCUCAGAAGAUGCAGCCUUUUUGAUCACCACAGAUAGUAUCUGACAAUAAAUGGCAUCUACUGGAUAUUUUCCAAAUACAAAGUUCAUUUCAUUCCUGGGCUUCACUGUGCCUAAAUGAAAGUUCCACAAAUCUUUGGAGAAAGAAUGAGUUGAUGGCCCAGUAAAUAUAUGUAAAUACAAGUGCCGUCAGCACAGGAUGUCUGAUCAGGGCACAAUGUACGAUCUUUUAAAGAAACCUGUUGCUGUUUCCUAUUAUAAGAUCCAUUCCUCCCCAUGAUUCUCUUAUUCCACAGCAAGAAGCAGCCCAUCAGAAUUAAUGUUAAUGAGGUAGAAUAGGGGUUUUCAAACUUGGCCCUUUUAUGACUUGUGGACUUCAACUUCCAGAAUUCCUCAGCCAGCAUGCCUGGCUGAGGAAUUCUGGGAGUUGAAGUCUACAAGUCAUAAAAGGGCCAAGUUUGAAGACUUCUGAGGUAGAAGAUAUUCUCACCUUAAAACAUAGAAUAACAGGGUGGGAAGGGAUGUUGGAGGUCUUCUGGUAAAACUCUCUGCUUGAGCAGAAGACCCUCUACAUUCCAGACAAAUGGCUCUCGAGUCUCUUUUUGAAAACCUACAGUGAUGGAGCACCCACAAUUCUAAGAGACAACAACUCUGCUGUUCCACUGAUUAAUUGUUCUCACUAUCAGUUAAUUUUUCAUUGGUUCUAGAUUGGAUCUCUCCUUAACAAUCUUCCACCUGUCACUUCUUAGGGAUAACCAAACAUGUUAUCGUGCAUUGUCCAAAUAGGAGUCCAUCCAGGUGAAAUGGACUAGUAGGUAGUUCACAAAGCCUCAGUAGCAGAUAGCAGAUACUUGCUACCCACCAGAUAAAGAAAAAUCAUUACUUCUACUACAACAAGAGUGGGUUUGAAAGCAUGGAAAAAUCCUAUCUCCUAUCAUGUGCGUAAUGUUGGACAAAAUAAUGUAUUUUCACACAAGAAGAAAUACAGUAGAAAUAUGUAAACAUUCUGAAACCAUAUUUAGUCAAAUAUACCAGUGCUUUAAUAAAUUUCUGAUUACAUGAAAAGAUUACUACCCACAUCUAUAUGCAAGCAUUUUAAAUGGCAAAAUGUAAGAUAAAUAAUUGCUAGCAUAUCAAUGUUGUAUGUUAAAAAUGUGUAAUAAACAUUCAAAAAUAGAACAUGUUUGUUUACAAUUAAACCAAGAUAAGGAUUUUCCACCAUUCUGAAACAGCAUAUUAUCAUCGACUUAUUUCGCAUUCUCAGCUGGGUGUUUUCUUGUACUAAUACUUUGCUAGCUAUUUUAUCCCAAAGAAGCUGCAAGAAAACCAUAUGUUGUUCAAUAUUUAAAAUAGCAAAUAAUGUAUCCAUUUCUCUGUGCUCUUUGCUAUCAACUGAAAAUGUAAAACUUUGAUUGUGCAUAUUAAAUAAUGAUUGCGUUCAAAUUUCAGUAUAUUUACAUAGUUAUAAAUAAAUCAGAAUUAAAGAACAUUAAACAGCUUGUUUUAAAAUGUGUUUUAUCUGCAUUUUGCAUGUUUUUUUAUUUAAAAAAAAGCAAGCCAAUUUGCAUUUUAUAUGUAAUAGGCUUCCAGUUCUGCAGCAUUAGCACUCUCCUUUUUUGAUCACUUGCUAUCAAACAGUCAUAUAUAAUCCAAUCAUUUUAUAUUGAUGAAGUUGGGCUUGUAACAUAGAAUGAAGUUCAUAAGAAUAAAGAAAAUAUUUUUCAUUAA